GAUUAUUUAUUUCAAUUCAUCGUUAUUUUGAAUUGUUUUUAUUUAAAUGUUUUUUCCGCGAAAUAUCGCCAAAGUGCGAAGACAAAAGCAUGAUAUCCCUUAAGGGGUGGCACUCACCCUCAAGUGAACGUGUUAUAAUGUGAGAAGGAAAAUUAAAAAUUUGCUUCCUACGCUUUGUGUCCGAAAUCGAUACAGUUUGCCGUGGCAUUGCCGAACUGGCAAGAACUGGUCCGCUGAAACAAAAAGAUUUUUACCUCCUUGCCUCAUGCGCAAUAAAUUCGUCAGACGCAAAGCAACUUCCGCACGACAGCACUUUUCACAUUGAAGGAACAAUGUGAUUACGCAAAUUCAAAUCUAACUAAUGAACGCAAAUCUGACAAAAUCCAACAAAAACAAGCAGGAGUGAAUUUUUAUUAAUAACCGAGGAGCUGCUCUCCCCCGAAGGUGUAAACUCGGCGCGAUUCGCCAGGGUGGUGGGGUCGUGAGGGCCGCCUUCUCGGUUCUCUUUCCGUUAACGGAUGAUAUCUUCGAGGGUCGGAACAUUCUAGUCGAACGCCAUUACGCUGAAUAACGCAGGUAGACGGCUGCGAUUGGUCGAGAGGAAAUAUUUGGUGGGGACUUCAGACCAGUCGUGGGCGGACUGUGCGCAGCCGUUAAAUACCUGAUGUAGAGACUGCUCACAAGCUUGGAGCAGCUGACAGUCUUCGCAUUGCGAAUUCUUUCGGUAGUCAGCAUAGAGCCGCUCUAUCGCUGUCACGUUCCGUUCCGUCGGCUCGUCAAAACAAAUCUCGUCGCCCGCGCUACUCGUUCGCGAAAUUCCGAAUCCCCACAUUCGCGACUAAACACAAUUCGACGCAGUCGAGCACUUCCAGUGAUGACCCAACACGCAAUUUCUUAAGGUGACGAUCAGAUUGGCGCGACGUUUAACCGUUCCAGUGCAAACAGUGUACGUCGUGUUACACCGCGGAUAACGAGUCGGAGUAAGCACCAUGUCGGAAACCAGUACGAAUGUCAACAACAUCAGCGCGUACUUCAACUCACUGGGUGCUACAUACUAUCAGCCACAACGAAAUGUACACCCGCAGACGCAACACACGCCGUCGCAAACACUAACGCCGCAGUCGUUGGUGCCGCAGCACCAACAAUUCCCACAAAUACAUCAGCAAGCAAUUGCUGCCACCAUCGACGCGACUCACUGGCACGGUUAUCCUCACGGGACUUUGCACAUGAACCAUCAGCAACCUGCAACCCCGGGCUCGCACCAAUAUGUUGACCAUACCGAGUUAUUCGCGUGGACUCACCACCAUUACACGCAUCUUCCGUACCCACCACCUCCGCAGUCAUAUUCCCAAUUUCAACAGUAUCCUCAAUCGCAACAUCAGUCCCAGAUGCAGCAACUGCAGGUGACCGAGUGGGCGAACAACGUAAGCAACGUCAAUUCCGGCCAAAACUCGCGGCAAGUGACCGGCGGUAGCAGUAGCGAGAUCAGCCACCCCAGCACUCCGUCCACCCCGUACAGUCACAAUAGCAUCAGUAAUGGCUUCAACCAAGCUCCCCAUUCGGCGAACAGUCUACCGUUCGCGGCUGGUAUCAGUUCUCCGAACACCUCGCAGGACCUCACUGUGCCGUCCACCAUGGCUUCGCAUCUCAGCGCGCCAUCGUCCAUCGCCACGGCGCGCGACCCCAACAUACCACCGUCCAACGUCGCAAGCCGCGAUCUCCAUAUCCCGACCACGUCCGCAACUACACCCGCCACGUCCUCAUCGACACCUCGUGAGCACAACACACCAUCCACCUCGUCGUCGCACAACGUGAACCUGCAGUACGUGUCUAACAAUAUGAACCAGCAGCCCGUGUCCCGCGAUAUAUAUUCGGUGAACGCGCGAGGCCCGAGCAGGAGCCCGUUCGGAUGGAUGAGGAGACCGUCGUAUCAGAAUCAGCCGAAACCGGGAAAGACGCGUACAAAAGACAAAUACAGAGUGGUCUACACGGAUUACCAGAGGCUGGAGCUCGAGAAGGAGUUCCAUUUCAACCGUUACAUCACGAUGCGACGCAAAGCAGAGCUCGCCAAAACACUCGGAUUAACGGAGCGUCAGGUGAAGAUAUGGUUCCAAAACCGACGGGCGAAGGAGCGUAAGCUGCAGAAGAAGCGCGACGAGCAAAUGAAGGGGGAUACACAGCAACAGACGGCCAGAACGUCCGGCAGGAUUAUCGACGGCACUGCGUCGGUGGCUGGCGUCGUGGUGCACAACAACCCCCUCAACAUCAAUUCGGUCCCUCUGAACAUGGGCCACUCGCAGCACAGUCUGCACGGCCCGAUGGUGCACGCGCCUCCGAGCCUGCAUCUGCACCUUCAGAACGGGUACCAGCAUCAUCAGAGCGGACACACGUAUCAGAACAGUUGCGCGUAUCAGAACGGGCUCGCAGCGUCGCAGGGCGAGCAAUUGUAUCAGAACGGACUGCCGCCGCCGGACGAGCCGGCGCCUCAGCAAAACGCGCAUCUUUACCAGAACGGGCUGUCACCGGCGGACGGGCCGUCGCCCCCGGACGCGCAGUUCUACUCGAACGGAGUGUCGCCCCAGGACGAGGCGUCGCCUCAGGACGGACAGGCGCCUCAGAGCUCGAUGCACUCGUCGCAGAAUGAACGCACCUAACCUGUGUGAAGUUAGCCCCGCACUUUUCGAAUUUUAGCUUACCGUUGAUCGUGCUGCAUCGCGCGCAAAUUGGCAAAGGAAAAGAGGAAGAAUGGAAGGAACGCGAAGUUUUUUAUGCUGACCCCGCACUCUCGAAUCCGCUCCGAGUUUGAGGAAACAGAUGAGAGAAUUCGAAAAGGGCAGGGUUAACUUCACACACAGGUGUGCGCAGCUACCGCAACAGGCCUCCGCAACGAGGUCGUGGUGUUCUCCUCGCUCGUGACGGACUCGGAAAGUCGCUUCGUAUCUGGGAGAGAACGUUUGCAGCACAUGAACGACGUGCACCCACAUGAAGGCCGGCACUUAGCAGAAGACGCAUUGUCUUGUGUCGCAACGGAUGAGUAAGAACGAUCGUUCGCGUAUCGCUCUCAUCGGCAUAUACUGGACUUGAUUUCGUUCACUUGCUCUCGUCCGCCGUACAUGAACGAACCCCUCGACCGGUGCGACGAUCAUGUAACGCCCGUCGGCGCCACAUUACGCUUAACUUUGGUUCGAUUCCUCGAGAGCUUGUCCUCUCUUUUCUCUCGUUCCUUCGUUGCAUCUCGUCUCGACCGCCGAAGGGUUCGAGACUUCUCGCGAGGGGCAGAGGUGAAGCUACGAAAGAGAGUUCAAAGUUUGCCUUAAACCACACUGACGCGCGCGCGCGCGCGCUGUCGAAUGGUUGUUAUAGUCACUUAAGUUGUAAGUUUUAGGCACUAGGCCGUAGAAAUCGCGCGACGCGUCAUUCCCGGCAUCGUAUUGCCGGGCAUUUGUACAUUUCGACGAGCACUGUAUGGUGUAUUAUUUUGUACGAUAUCUUCUUUUUUUUUCUUUUUGCCAAACUUCAGAGUAUAUAAUUUUAAUUUAGUCGCGGAGUCGAUUAUUGGCGCUGACAUGUAUAAACGCUGUCAUAUGCUAUACGGUGCGUUAUUUAAAAGGACCUAACUUAUAUCUUUAUUUUUUAUGUCUAUUUUUACUUUUAACUUAUAUAAUUUAUGUCAAUGUUAACUAGCGUUUUACUUAGGGAACGUAGCUCGGUAAUCCGAGAUUCUAAGAAUCGUAAUCCUUAGACGACCAUUAAUUACCUCGUCUCGAUGUCUUAUGGACUUUCCAUUACUUGAAAGGGAAUCCUCCUAGAAGCAGAAUUCACUAAUCGAGUCCAUCGUCGUAACUAGCGUCGGAUGUGAAGUAACUAUCGAAUCAUUUUCACCACAGUCAAUCACAUCGUGAUCAAAAUCGAACUAACGGAUGCGACAUAUUAAUAUACGUUGAUAACGAUCCGGUCGGUCCUUGUGCUCCGAACACAAACAGAAAGAAUAGAAGAAAGUCCAAAUUGUGCCUUAAACCACAGACGCGAGCAUCGAAUGUGGUUGUUACAGCGGCUUAGUUAAAUUUAGACGUUAAAUUGUUGAAGCGAAUGUUUCUUCUACGCGAAAUUUCGGGAUAUUUGCGUGUUCCAAGGGGCACCGUAGCAGAUUAUAUUGCACGAUAUUUUCUGAAAUUUUAUAGUAUAAGCAAGGUGCAUUUUGGCAAUGCACGCAUACACACGCACACACGUACGCAUAGAACGUCGCGUAUAAAUCUUCCCUCACUCCGAGCACGACAGACACUUGAACGCACCUUUGAGGCCUGCAACACGAUGGACAUAGCAAGGCUUUAGCCUUUCGCUGUAAGCUCAAAACUGCAACGUAAUUUCUGAUCAAAAAUGUUUCCCGCGCUGACAGGAAUUGCAACAACGCUUUGCGUUUACGAAUUGCUGCAUCUAGUAGUCUGGAAAUAUCUUCCGACAGAAAUUACAUUAGUUUCGAACUUAGAGGCUAAAUACCUACCAUAACCAUUGUGAAUCCGCACCUGAAAGGUCGAGAUUCAAGCUAUGCACAUAUACUGUGAAACACAAACACCCAUAAGGACAUCUAGAAAAUAUAAGCUAUUCUUUGUUGCGAUGCAGCGAGACGAGGUGAGACAAGGCACGUCUCCGCUUAAUCUGGAUGGACAUUUAAGAUAUUGAGAAGGGAAAGUAAACCGUAUAUACUCAUUUUACACAUUAUCUAACACACACAUACACACAGUAUCGUUUACAUGCUUAUCAUUAAAUCGAUGAUCUUAAACUCAUGAGCUUUUUUCUGUAAUAAUGUACAUAAUAUUAUUCGAUAUACAUUAUAUCGAAUAUAAUGAUUGCACGGUGAAAAGAUUUGUUGCUACAGCAUAUUUUGUUGAUUAUUAUUAUAUGUGAACAAUUUAUGGGCAUUUGUACAUUAGGUUGUUCGAUAAGUUCGGCAAGUUUGGAUUUUUACGAAAAACUCCAAGCUGAUAAUUCUGUAGUCCGGCACAAUUUUAUUUCUUUCGUUUUUUCAAUAAUUUGCCAUCGAAGGUCGAUGACAAAUUGUCGAAAAAGGAACAAUCAAUCGUAUCGUUAUUGAAAUAAAUUUGUGCCCAACUUUACAAGUAUACGCCUUGAAGCUUUCAUAAAAAUCUCUACAAACUUAUCGAACAACCUAAUGUACACAUUUAUAAUGAUAUGAAAAUUUUGCUGAAGGAAAAACAAGUUUGCAACAUUAAAAAAUAAUUUUUAUAAAUUUUCUCUUUUGAUCAAUUCUCCGAAGACGGUUUUAUAUCAGUGUUUUGAGAUGUAAACUUCCUCGCGGAUAUUCUUCGCAUAAGCAUUUUAAAAUUAAUGGCGCAAAAAAUACUUAGGAGUUAGGAAUAUCUGAAAAGUUACAUCCACGUGAUGAUGAGAAUAUCGUAUUUACGAUGUUGAACAAAUGUAUCAUCAGUAAUUCCGUGAAACAGAUUUUGCUUUGUUUGUCGAUUCGUUCUAAUAGCGGACAAAUGUGUUCUUGUGAACAAAUUUAUUCAACACAGCUUCUGUUAUUAUUCUCCUAAAACGAAUCAUUUGUUUUGUUAUGAUAUAUUUG